AUGUCCCUGACUGAUUCAUGCUGUACUUGUGCCACUUUCCUCUCGGACGCAAAGGUGCCCUACGACCCUCGGUCAGAGAAGUCACCGCUGCAUCACCGACAACUUGAUUGCUGCUCGCGGUUCAUAUGCGCGACAUGUCAGUAUAAGAACCCCCGAUUUCAGGCCUACUGCCCAUUCUGCCAGAUAUCGUCCGGCCCAUCUGCAUUGCCUAGGGAAGGGCUUCGACUCCCGCCCUCAUACACCAAAACCGCAGCCUCAGGAGGCUCGAGAAGGGCGGAAUCGCCACCGCCUUCAUAUAACGAUUCGAUAGCCCCCAGGCGGCUCCUAGAGCAGAGCACUGGGCCGCCAGCAGAUACCGACGAUACAGUCCAUUUCGUGGGAUCUGAAGACUCGUUACAGUCAUUGUCGCUUGCCUACAGGGUGCCCAUUGCUGUCCUACGACACCACAAUAACCUCUAUUCAGACCAGCUCCUGGCCGCCCGCAAGUGGAUCCUCGUUCCCAAGUCUCAUUACACCGGUCCUCCUUUAUCGACACCACCAGAUGCAGAAGAGGAAGAGCGUAAGACAAAGGUGCGGAGGUGGAUGAUCGCUACAAAAUGUGCGGACUACAACGUCGCCCAGCUAUACCUCAAGGGCAGUGAUUUUAACCUGGAACUUGCUGUGGAGGCGUUCAAAUCAGACGAGGAAUGGGAGAAGAAUAAUCCACUGAAAGGGAAGGGUAAAGACAACAGUGGGAGGCAUAGACGCCCCUAUGGAAUGGGCGGAAGCAUUUCUGGACAGUUGUCGUGA